AUGUAUAAAUUAAAUGUGGUCUACAUAUUGUUCUUGGCAGCUGUGCUGCAAAUAACCCUUGCGUUAAAGGAAGGUGAAUGUGAGGUUUGUGUUAAAACUGUUGAAAAAUUUGCAGCAACCUUAUCUGAUGAUGUAAAGAAAGAUCCUAAAUUAAUUGAGGCCAAGUUUAAAAAGUUUUGUAAAGGCACGAAGAACAAAGAAAACAGAUUUUGUUACUAUUUAGGGGGCUUAGAAGAAUCAGCCACCGGUAUUUUGGGAGAACUGUCGAAACCUCUUAGCUGGUCUAUGCCCGCGGACAAAAUUUGUGAAAAGUUGAGAAAAAAAGAUGCUCAAAUCUGUGACCUGCGAUUUGAUAAACAAAUUGACUUAAACAAUGUUGAUUUGAAGAAAUUAAAACAAAAGUACAAUAACUUAAUUGUUCUCAAGACAUAA